GCCAUUGACAAAUUACUUUACUGUGCUGCUAUCUGGUAUUUAGUUUAGUGAAUCAGGUGAUAUUGAAAAAUGUAAACAAAAGCUAGUUCUUUUAGAUUUUAAUUGUUGACUAACUAAUCAACUCUUGUGAUCACAUUAGUGAUUAUUUAAGAUUCCAAUGGUUUGAAAUAUUGUUUUACCAACUUACUUGAUUUGUAUUUUAUCAAAAUCUUUUAUUAAUUAGUUUUCAUUCCAGUUGUUAUUUGUUGUUAUCAUGGCCAAGGAAACUCUUUCAUUAUCCAGAUUCAUUCUAAGGAGCCAAGUUAUGGAUUUGUAUCGUGAUUUCCUUAGAACCAUUUCACCUAUUCAUGAUGUAAAGAGCAAAAAUGAAUUGAGACAAUGGAUUAGACAAGAUUUCCAGCUCAACAAAAAUAUUCAAGAUGAGGAAGCAAUAAAAAUGCAUUUAUCACGAGGAAGAUUAGCUCUGAGAGAGCUUCAAAUAUCAAUUUCGAUGCCUUCGUCGAGUGGAUUCAAGAGGUCUGUCAAUAAUAAGGAUUUGCCAAAUGCUGAAUAAAUCGUAGCAAAAUAAAAUGUUUUAUUAUGAAUUAAUA